UGCGCCAGUCACAUGUGUGCGACAAGAUGAUGGAUGCCAAAUUCGUCCUUUGCAAAUGGGAGCAGCGGCUGUGGCCGGCCAAGGUUUUGGCCCAAACUGAGAGGGCAACAAAAAAUAAGAGAAAAAAGGAAUUCUUUCUGGACGUGCAGAUCCUCUCCCUGGAGGAAAAGGUCACCGUGAGGAGCACGGAGGUGGAAAUCCUGCAGAAGUCACGGAUCGAAGAAAUCGCGUCCCUGCUGGCCUCCCAGAGCGACCCUCCCACGGCUGCCCUGGAAGAGCUGACCUACAGGCGGUCACUCCGCGUGGCUUUGGACGUGCUGGAUGGGAACUCGUGCUUGAGCCAAGGCGAGGCCGACCCCUGCUCCCGGCUCCAGGGACCCGUGCCAGGCAGCUCCGGCCUGGGCAGCAGGAGGAGACAGCGUAUCCAAGAAGAGCAACCUGGACCCGAAGAGGACCCCGAGUGCCAAGUGGACCCCAGGCAGCAUGAGGUCCCUAGGGUGCUGCCUGCCGGCGACUCCUCCAAAAACAACCCUUCCUUUGGAAACCAGGCCAUGGCCACCAGGACAGGCAGGAAUUCAGUGCCCAAGUCCGGCACAUGCCACAAGGUGCCCUCAUCCUUUGAGGGCAGUUGGGCAGCUCCGGCCCCGCCCUGCCUGGUGAAGGAGGAGGAUCCAUGUGCCAAGGCCGAGGGCCACGACCCGGGCCUCCCAUCAGGCAGCCUUACGACACUCCCAGCUCUGGAGCGUCCAGGGGCAGAUGAGCCCCGGACCAAGAGGCUGUGUCUACACAGCACGCGGCAUGGCCGGGCACGGCCGCCCCAGAGAUUGGCUGUACUGCAGGACAGCCUGCCCCAGCCCAGCGCAUCCACAGACAUGACCAGCACUCCUCAUGUCGGGGCCAACGAGCGGCCGGAGGAAGACCCUCCACCCUCGGAAGAGUCUGUGGAGUUUAAUCCCGUUGGCUCCAUCUCCAUCAUGGAGGAUGAAGAUGAGGACGAGGAAGAGGAGCCGCCCAGAAUUCUCCUGUUUCAUGAACCAAGCUCCUUUGAAGUGGGAAUGUUGGUCUGGCUUAAAUACCAGAAAUACCCAUUCUGGCCGGCGGUGGUGAAAAGCGUCAGGCGGAGGGACAGGAAAGCCAGCGUGCUCUUCAUCGAAGGAGACAUGAACCCCAAAGGCCGAGGCAUCACGGUGUCACUGAAAAGACUGAAGCACUUUGACUGCAAGGAGAAGCAGGCGCUGCUGAACAAAGCCAAGGAGGACUUCGACCAGGCCAUCGGCUGGUGCGUCUCCCUCAUCACCGACUACCGGGUCCGCUUAGGCUGUGGUUCCUUCGCUGGCUCCUUCCUGGAGUACUACGCUGCAGAUAUAAGUUACCCCGUGCGGAAGUCCAUCCGACAGGAUGCGUUAGGGACCAAGUUUCCCCUGCUGAGCAAGGGAGGCGCUGAGGAGCCUGUGGAUACGAGCCCGUCCGGGCGGAGGCCACUCUGCCGGAAGAUGCUCCCCGACCGCUCGCGGGCCGCCCGUGACCGUGCCAACCAGAAGCUGGUGGAAUACAUCGUGAAGGCCAAGGGCGCCGAGAGCCACCUGCGGGCCGUACUCAAGAGCCGGAGGCCGUCGCGGUGGCUGCGCAGCUUCAUGAGCUCGGGCCAGCACGCCACCUGCAUGGAGACCUAUCUGGAGGACGAGGGCCAGCUGGACUGUGUGGUGGCCUACCUGCAGGGCGUGUGCCAAGAGGCGGGCAGCGAGGCGCUGGCCCGGACCAACGGCGACAGGGUCCGCUUCAUCCUCGACGUACUUCUGCCUGAGGCCAUCAUCUGCGCCAUUGCUGCAGUGGACGCCGUGGACUACAAGACAGCCGAGGAGAAGUACAUCAAGGGACCCUCGCCCAGCUAUCGGGAGAAGGAGAUGUUUGACCACCAGCUGCUGGCCGAGAGGGACCGGCGCCGUCGGUGACUGAAAUGGAGCUGCCGCGCCCGCCGUGUGCUGGGGCUGACACCGCCUGGGGCCGGUCCACCAUGGGAUCUGCUCCGGCCACAGCAUCCUCAGCCCUGCCACCACACUGUGACGCCCACAGCGAGCGAGCGCUGGCCCCUCUGGCGGGGCCAAAAGAUGCCGUUCCCAAAUGAUGGGGCGGCAGAGCGUCCUGACCAUGUGGUGCGUCGUGACGUGCCGUGCGGUUCUUCUGUGUCCUUUGUUGUAUCUGCAUUAAACGGGGGUUUGAACACACA